AUGACCUCGAACAUCCUCCAGAUCCCUUUCCGCCAGUCGCACACUGUCUCCCUCUCAACCGCCCUCACACAAUACAUCUCCUCCAAAUAUGACCAGCGGCCGGAUAUGUUCGCGGAUGACCUCCAGAUCAUCGACCGACUACGAAGCGAAGCCGUGAACGUCCAGGAACCUCACAUUAGCGGAAUCAGCCGGCUAAUCACCUACGCGGCACAACUCAAAUGGCUUGGGGGCAAGUUCCCGGUUGAUGUCGGGGUCGAGUUCCCCUGGUAUCCUGCUUUUGGGUUUAAUACAAGCCGGCCAAUCUCGCAGAAUAAUAUCCGCUUCGAACUCGCAAACAUUACCUUCAAUCUUGCCGCCCUCUACUCGCAGCUCGCAUUCUCCGUAAACCGUACAACGUCCGAUGGCCUCAAGCAGGCGUGUAACUAUUUCUGCCAGGCCGCUGGGAUACUGGCGCAUUUGCGAACAGACAUUGUCCCCGACAUGCGCUCGGCUCCGCCGGAGGACAUGGACGAGAUGACAUUACAGAGUCUAGAAGAACUAAUACUGGCCCAGGCGCAGGAAUGUUUCUGGCAAAAGGCAGUUAAGGACGGGUUGAAGGAUGCGUCGAUCGCGAGGCUCGCAGGCAAAGUAUCCGACUUUUACGCGGAUGCGUGCGACCACGCCGUCAAGUCGAACGCAAUUAGCCCGGAAUGGAUCCAUCAUAUGACUGCGAAGCAGCAUCAUUUUGCGGCAGCGGCGCAGUACCGCCAGUCGUUGGAUUGCCUUGAGAAACGCAAAUAUGGAGAGGAGGUUGCGCGGCUGCGAGACGCGGUGGCUUGUGUGAAUGAAGCGCUCAAGGAGAACAAGUGGAUUAAUCGGACCGUUUUGGGCGAUUUGCAGGGGUUGAAGAAUCGAGUGUCAGAGGAUCUGAAGCGGGCCGAGAAGGAUAAUGAUAUGAUUUAUCUCCAUGCGGUGCCGCCCAAGUCGGAGCUGAAGCUUAUUGAUAGGGCGAGUAUGGUUGCGUCGAAAGCGCCGUCGCAGGUUACGGAUGCAAUCUCGCUGCUAGGAGACAAGGGGCCUUUGGGCCAGCCGUUGUUCUCGAAGUUGGUGCCGUAUGCUGUUCACAUUGCGGCGAGCAUCUACUCGGAUCGGAGAGAUCGCCUUGUCAACGAGCAAAUUAUUGGGGAGUUGGAGACUAUGACUGACAAGCUACGCGAUCUACUAUCAUCGCUCAACCUACCCGGUUCGCUUCAAGCACUAGAAAAGCCUCUCGGUCUUCCUCCGACGUUGGUGUCCCACGCAGAAGAGAUGCGGCAGCAGGACGGGCUAUAUCGGCUCCGCAAGUCCCUCCAGGACAUCGCCAAGGUAAAAUCCAACGACAGAGCAGUCUACACGGAAGGUGUCGAGCUACUCGCAGCUGAGAGAGAAGAGGACGACGCAUAUAGACGGAAGUUCGGCACAGACCGGUGGUCCCGCGAGUCGUCCAACACCGCAGCGUCAAAACUAUACACAAGCUCCCAAGAGAUUGACGGCUACUUCUCCUCCGCUCAGAGCAGCGAUAACCUCGUCGAGCAGAAACUCCAAGAUUCCGAAUCUGUAUUCCGCGUUCUAACCGGCACCAAUCGCGACCUUGAGGCCUUUGUCCCCAGUAGCCGGCGCGCGACAAUACCUCCCGAAGUCGAGCGCGAAGUCAGCCGGCUCCGCGGUUGCAUUAGCGAAGUGAAUCGGUUAGAAAGCCGUCGGAAGCGCAAGGCACAGACUGUCAAAGACAAGGCUCGGACAGACGAUAUUAGCUCGGCCUUGGUUCGGGAAGCAGCACGGUUGGAGCGUGAAUUUCCAAUGCAAGCCAUCCAAGCAAGCCAAUUCGAAGACCUCUUCGAGUCUAGACUCCGCGAUUUCGACGUCGACCUGCAAAUGGUUGCCAAAGAGCAGCUCGACCAAGACCAAAUCGCAGCACAGGUCCGCGAGGCGAAUCGUGCUUUCACGCGGGCACACACCGGAGAUGCGUCAACUAGGGAGCGUGAGAAGGCCCUUCAGGAGUUGGAGAACGGGUACCUGAAGUAUAAAGAGAUUAUUUCCAACAUCGAAGUUGGACGGAAGUUCUACAACGAUCUUGCUAAGAUUGUUGGCCGGUUUAGAGAUGAUGCCAAGGCAUUCGUGCACAAGCGGAGGGUGGAAGCCAGUCAGCUUGAGCAGGACAUUUCCAGCGUCGCAGCAAUGGCUUCCCUGAGCAUCUCACCUAUCCGACAGGCACCGCAGCCAGUCUCAGCGCCGCCUCCGACACAGUUCCAGCCUCCAAUCCAACCUCAGCCCCAGGCAGUCCCACAGUCACAGCCUCAACUCCGGGAACCAUUAACGGCGCCCCAGCCGACCCGUGGAGUCCCGCAAAUGACCCCGGGAAUGUGGUCUCCUGAAAUGGGGAUACGGUUUGGCCCUAGCAGUUCGGGGACGCAGCAGCAGAGCCAUCCGCAGACGUGGGAUCCGACCAAGGGCGUGAAGUUUUCAUAA